AUGACAAUGAACAAGCAGGCAGAGAUGGUGAACAAAAAAGCAUUGAUAGUGUGCUCAAACAUCAGCUUCAUGGUGUUUCCCAUCGUUGCUGAAGAAGAAGAAGAGCUUAGGAGGCCAUGUUCUCGCUUAAAGGCUUCCGAUGCUAACCUGAAAAAUGCAACGGACAGGAAAGAGGCACAAAUCCCUCCGGAGCUUAUAACUCGAUGUUUGAAGAUUGGCUGUUGCAACAAUCUUAGGGAGCUGCCAGAAGAUGUGUUUGGAUCGAGUUUGCAGCGGCUGAGCAUCGAAAGUUGCCCAAGACUAAUUAGUCUGGGAGUAAAUGGGCUGAAAUGCCCACUACCAUGUCUUGAACGAUUGAGUAUUCAAUAUUGUGUUGGGUUGACCACUAUAUCCGACAAAAUGUUCGAGUCAUGCCAGUCUCUGAGGUCCCUGUCGGUGGAGUGUUGCCCCAAUCUGGUGUCAUUUUCGCUUAAUUUGCAGGAGAUGCCUUCUCUCGAGGAUUUCGCCCUGCUCAACUGUCCGAAAUUGAUCCCUCAUAGGUUCAAUGGAUUUGCUUUUGCCACCAACUUAAGAAAAUUGUGGAUCGGUCCCUUCUCCUCAGGUGACUCCUCAAUUGAUGGUUUUGACUGGUCUGGUUUAAGAUCUGCAUCAACACUCCGUAAGGUUCACUUAGAAGGGUUACGUCACUCGGAUUUCCUGCCACACCAGCUUCAAUACUUGACUACCCUCACUUCACUAAAUCUGAAGAACUUUGGAGGAAUAGAAGUGCUACCUGAUUGGAUUGGAAACCUUGUGUCCCUUGAAACCCUACAGCUAUCGAAUUGCGAAAAGCUUCGAUGUUUGCUGUCUGAGGCUGCCAUGAGACGACUCACAAAGUUAACUAGUGUUGAAGUUCGUCGGUGUCCUCUAUUAAGACAACGAUACGCUCCCCAAAGAGGCAUCUACUUGGAGGAGUAG